AUGCUGGCCUCCCUGUGGGGCUUCCUGUACAGCCGCUGCCUGCGCUUCUGGCUCAAGUGGCUCGUGCGGCUGCUGACGGGCAAGUGCGAGCUGCAGCGCGUGCUGGAGGCGCGCGGGCGCCCGGCGCCCACCGCGCUGCGCCUCGAACGCUCGCUAGAGUCGUCGAAGAGUAAGGUUUUAAGAAAUGCUGUACACGUUGACGAAGCUGACGUGGAAAAGUGUGUUAGCGAUAUAAUGAAAGAAAAGAAAAUAGAACAGAGGAAUACAGGGUUUAAGACAAAACUGCAUGUAUGCUUGUUGCAGAUAUCAGGAUAUAAGAAACUUUAUUUGAACGUGGAAAGUCUGAGAAAAGUCCCUUAUGAUUCAGAUAACAAAGAGCAUGAGGAACAGUUAAUUGAGCUCUGGAAUUUGCUCAUGCCUCACGAGAGUCUGAAGGCCAGAAUCAGCAAGCAGUGGUGUGACAUUGGCUUCCAAGGUGAUGAUCCCAAAACAGACUUCAGAGGAAUGGGCAUGCUGGGAUUAGUGAAUCUGGUGUAUUUUAGUAAACAUUACACCGAAGAAGCUCGUCAGAUCCUUUCUCGUUCAAAUCACCCAAAGCUGGGAUAUUCUUAUGCAAUUGUGGGAAUCAACCUGACAGAAAUGGCAUACAGCUUACUUAAGAGUGGUGCUCUAAAGCCUCAUCUCUACAACGCUGUCUCUGGAUUGCCACAACUGGAGCACUUCCAUCAGUUCUACUGUUAUCUAGUUUACGAGUUUGACAAGUUCUGGUUUGAAGAAGAACCAGAAAGCAUUAUGCACUUCAACCAGUACAGAGAGAAAUUCCAUGAAAAAAUUAAGGGACUCCUUCUGGAUUAUGAUGUCAUACUGACCUUAAAAAGUCCAGCAAAACCGUAACCUCCUCUGCAGUCUCUCAGAUUCUGCAUCAAAAAUGGAUUUAUGCAUUCAGAUGGAAGUUUUGCAUAUUUGGCCAAAAACUGUUUAACAAUGGAACUUUUUUUUUUUUUUUUUAAGCAUUAAAAAAAAAAUCAACAUUUCAAUUAAGGAUGCUUGGACAAUCAACCUCUGUUUACAGCUCUUUAUAUGCUAUUCUCCAAAGGACUGCUUUUUUUGUUUGUUUUUUAAGCAUAGCUCAAAAGUCUAAAUAUCCUCUGGAUAAUUUUUUCUCCCAAUUUCUUUGAUAUUUCUUGGUGCAGGAACAUGAAGCAGGUAUUUUAUGCCUAGUCAUGUUUUUCAUUAAUAGGUUAAGGUGUUAACCGUCUUUUAAGAUAUUUUUUAGUUGAAAGUAUUCUGGUUUUACAUUUUUUGCAUCCUUCUCAUUUUCUGUGCAAAGUUGAUACUCCGUAAAUCAACAUUAAAUUUCUCUGUGAUAGUGAGGUCCGUGAAGGGGAUGCAUUUGUUGCUUAUGAUUUUAGAGAAUUAAUUUUUCAACACAAUAAUGUAUUUUAUACAAAUUUUCUGUGGGCUAGAGAAGUUUUCUACCCAGGGAUUUGUAUCUACAAAUUCCUAUGCAUAGAAAGAACUUAAUUUACAGACAAAGAGAAUGACAAAUAAAUAGUCUAAGGAUCAAAUCCUCAGAGUAAAACUGACCCUUCCAAGAAUAUUCCUGCUAUCAAAAAUCUUGGUUCUCUGUAGUGAGACCCUCUAGUUAGCUGCUCAGGCUGCCUGACUUUGUGUCUGUUUCUAUUUUUCCUUUAGCAGCUAUUGCGGUACUCUUGGUGGAAAGCGUCAGAGAGUUAGUUUAGUCCCUUUUAUAGAGUUUAAUAUGAAACUUCAGUGCAGCUGCAGUUCCUGUUUUGUGAAAAUAAAUUCUAAGCUGAGUACAGUCUCUGACCAAGCUGUAUUUUCCACAGAAGGGAUGCAAUUGUGACAUGUUCCUUAGUAGUAGCGUCUUCAGACAAUCUAGUCAGUAGGGCUUUGUGUCUGUAUUGUGACUAAUUCUUGCUUAAAGCAGCUUUAAAUGAAUUUGGUACGACCGUUGCUUCAUUUUCUAAAACCUACUAUUUAAAUAAGUGCCUUCUGCUUUAUUCAAUCAGUGUUUUAAUUUGAUUCUGCAUCCAGAUCAGAGCCUUAGAAGCUUGAGUGRCAGACUCUUUCAUGAUACACCUAAAUAGCACAUGGCUGCACAAAAUUGCUAUUGUAUGCUAAURCAAAUUGUCAUGCUUUUUCUUGUUUUGUUUUAAUCAUCUCAGGUAAAUUAGUUAACUUCUGUUUCAUCAGUAAAUCAUAAGCAGCUUCUCCAAGAACACUAAUUUCUCAAUAAAGGAAGAAAAAACAGCCCCUUUUGGUGGCAAGUGACACUAAACUAUGAGUUACACUACAGAUAUAUUGUAUGUAUUAUAUGUUAAAUGACAUCUCCGUGGAGAUGCUAAAACCCAACUGGACAAGGUCCUAGGCAACCUGCUUUAGCUGACCCAGCUGUGAGCAAGAGCAUUGGACUAGAUGAUCCCCAGGGGUCCCUCCCGUCUGUGAUUCAUCGUAUAAAACAGGGACUUCUUACACUGCAUCCGUGCACACCUGCACACAAUUGCUCUUGGCCCCUUAAAAGCAACCAGCAGUYGCUUAUUUCUGGGAUACCCCUGAUCAGGGUAAAAAAAUCAUAUAGGAAAGAGGUAAGGUGGAUGUGCCAUUUCCUUCCUAAACCAUGUAGAGGUGAGAGUUAACAGAGUUUGUUUAUGAAUAUCUUUUUGACAGCCAUGCCUAAAGUUAUUUGCUGUAGAAAAUAUUUUUAAUAUAGUAAGUUUAUCCUACUGUGCGAAUGUGUACAAGUAUUAAGGAUAGGAAUUGGAUAGACAAAUAWGUUCGGUUAGAAAUAUUCAUUUUAUAUGGCUCCAAUCAGUAUUAAAUUUAGUUGUUCCAGUUAAAGUUAUUACAGAGACAGCUAUCAAAGUAGAGAAACAGGAUUAUAAAGGUAUAAAUAAAAAUAUUAACAAAGAGGAAUUUCUGUAACAGAUCCCACCAUAAUGUAGAGGGUAAAGAUAAGGAGGAAGUGUUACAUUAGAGGAGAAAAAUCUCCUUAAACUUACUAAUUUGUUUUUGAAGAUGCAUAUGAUAACAACAACAGGGCAUUUUAAAUAUUUCAGGUGUUUCUUCAGGAUCUUAUCUGACUAAAUUUAAGAAGUCGAGGGUUACAUUUUUUGCUUUUCUUGUAAAGCUUUAAGUGGCAAUGCCRUGGCUGGUUAAGGCAGAAACCUAAACAAACCAAGGUACUUGGAGUCCUGGGAAAGGCUGAAAUCCUACAGCACAUUCUUGCAUUCUGCUUGCUAUAGAGCUCUGUCUCUCUCCGAUCCCUUGGGACCUGGAAAUUCCUUAAACCAAUAAAGGAAGUGGAAAAGUCUCCUUCCCACUUGCUGAGAGUUGUUUACCACUUUCCAGCUCCAACUUAGUCACAUUUAUCAUCCCUCAUUAAUUCUAUUUUGCUGUGUAGAUUUGCUUUCCAAGCACCAUAAGACAGACACUUUUUGAAUUUCCUGACGUGUUCAACAGCAGCAGGAAGAGAGACCCCCUUCUUUCCAUUUGCCUCCUGCUUGCUAGCAAGGAGCAGCAUGGCUUGAGCCCCCUUUGUAAAGCCUUCCCUGGCAGAGGCUGCAGCCUUCAUCUGGCAACCUGUGCUAACMUUUCUGGCCUCAAAACCUUCACUCUCCUUGUUCACCAGGAGAUUACCCCUCAACAACUUCAGAAGCUUUUUAACUGAGCCCUGUGGGAGAUUUUUUUUUUUAAAUUAAAAACAUGAUCUGGGAACAUACUGUGAGAAUACACAGAUUGAGGAAGAAACCUCAAUCAUUGUUAAGUAGCAUACGGUUUAACAAAUGUGUUGGUUUGGAUGUWGUCAUUGUUUAAAAGGAAUAUUCAGUGUAAAGAAAUAACAGUGUUAGUUAUUUUCCCAGUAAACAGUCAGAAUUUGCAUGCUGUUUUUUGCAGUCCCGUACUCCAGUCCUGUCUUAAGGGUCACUAACUUUAGAGUAGUACUGCAUUUCCCUAUUGGCACCACCGGUGAGCUUAUUGUAUUAUAGUGGUAAUUAAAAUACAUGGAAAAAAAUGUGUCUAGGAAAAAGAACCAAUCAGUGGGAUUUUAUACCAAGUCUAACAUAUUGUAGAGUGAACCUAAGGUAGCCCUACUGCAAUGGAAGAUUUAAAACAGUAUUAGGUAUUCUCUGCAAGCUGAUAUAAUCAAUUUAUUUAACAUCAGAACUUGUUGCUCAUAGUUUAUUCUAAAUAGUCUUAAAGGUUAAAGCCUUGGCAAAUUUUCACUAAUCAAGUAUUACAUCUUAAAUUAGGUACUGUUUUAUUAGAACUAGCAAGAAUUGUUAGCUUUCUAACUUGCUGCCUCUUUAAAACAUCCUCUCUUGUGAAAGUUUAUACGUAAAUAGUAAUAUUUUAGAAAACAAUCUAAGAAAAUCAACAUCAAGCUGAAGACAAGGUGGUUCUGUACACUUUGUUGUUGGUAUUGUUCAGCUGUUGCUACUAGAACUAAUUACCCUCUUGUCUAGCAUAUACUUGAAACACGGUGCUACGCCAUAAA